AUUUGAGGUCGAGGGAAAUCUUAAUCGAUGUAAUAAGUUAUUUUAGGAAGGAUUUUGGUUAACGUUUUCAUCUGCUGGACCAAGUUUGUCUCUCGAUUUGUAGCUUAGCUGGACUGGGAGGCUCUAAUGGAGAUCAACAAGACAGAGGAUAAAGGAGAAGAUGACACCACAGGCCCUGAGGGGGAGAUGACAAAAGAGGAUGUUUCUGAGCCUGUUCAAGGGGACGCCGUCCUGGGCUGCCACAGCAGAUUCCUUUCUCACCAGCGGCCGGUCGUCCACCAGGUGGCUUCUGCUCCCAUGCCGGACGACUGCGAGUUCUCUUUCUUUGACCCAUGUGAGCCACAAUGUAAGGAGAUUCUUACGGAUCCCAAUACUACUAUACCGGAGCUUUUCGCCGUCCUCAGGCAGUGGGUGCCGCAGGUGCAGAAGAACAUCGACCUGAUUGGAAAUGAGAUCCUCCAGCGAGGCUGCGGCGUGAAUGAUCGAGACAGUCUGACAGAUAUGAGCCUCCUACACUACUGUUGCAAGGCCGGGGCCCCGGGCAUCGGCGAUGCAAAGACGGCAGCCAGCUUCGCCCGUCAACUCCUGGCCUUGGGUGCCGAUCCCAACCUUCGCUCGCGCUGGACUAACAUGAAGGCCUUGCAUUAUGCCGCAUACUUCGAUGUGCCCCAGCUAAUCCGCGUGGUGCUUCAGGCUUCCCAGCCCGGAGAGGUUGAUGCCACCUGCAGUGACUUUGAUUUUGGCACAGCCCUGCACAUCGCUGCGUCCAAUCUGUGCACAUCAGCUGUCAAAAGUCUCCUGGAGCAGGGAGCCAAUCCUGCUUUCAGAAAUGAGAAAGGUCAGUGCCCAGCAGACGUGGUGCCCGACCCCCUGGACAUGCCCAUGGACAUGGCAGAUGCAGCUGCCGUGGCCAAGGAGCUCCGGACGUUACUGAGAACGGCGUUACCCAGACCCAGCUCCCCUCUGCCCCUCAGCCUGCAGGCCCAGGCCGUCCCUGCUCUCUCAGAGAAAGCCAAGAUACAACUCGCCUCCAUGGGACUCCGACUGGGGGAUUGUGUCGUGAUAGCUGGACAGAAGGUCGGCACCUUGAGGUUCUGUGGCAACACAGAGUUCUCUGGAGGCCUCUGGGCAGGAGUGGAGCUGGACAAACCCGAGGGAAAGAACGACGGCUCGGUGGCGGGCGUUCAGUACUUCACCUGUCAAAUCAAACAUGGAAUUUUUGCUCCAUUGUCUAAGAUAAGCAAACCAUUGGAAAAACACAAAACCAGCACCCCAAGGAGAUCUACACCCAUACGGCCUCUUCGUCGCAUUGAUCUGUCGCGCAUUACCUCCAAGAUCAACACAGGUUUAUGUCCCUCUCUUCAAAAUACACCUGAGAAUCCCGAGGGUCCAGGUGUUCCCAGUCAGAGCACAGAGGGAGAUGCUUCUGUCCUUGACGCAGGCAUCCUCUCCCGCUCCCUGUCCUCUUCCUCCUCUUCACUGGACUCCAGGCAUGGACCGGGCGCCCGACCUCGUCCGCUGCCACGGCAACGCCUCCCUGCCCGUCAGCGAAGAGAGCGCGUCUCCCCGAGUCCCAGGACGACGCCCUCGCCGGCCCUCAGCUCGUCCUCCCGCCCGUCCACCCUCACAGCCUCAGGUUUUCGGAGUCGAACCCCUUCAGGAAGCAGCUCGCUGUGUGACGGCUCUGAGGUGCGAGUGGGAGAGAGGGUGCUGGUGGUCGGCCAGAGAACCGGCGUGGUGCAGUUCUGUGGGAAGACCAGCUUUGCUCCAGGAAUCUGGUUAGGCGUGGAACUGGACAAGCCGAGUGGUAAAAACGACGGAUCGGUGAGAGGAGUGAGGUACUUCAGCUGCCUUCCAAAACACGGGGUCUUCGCUCCUCCGUCCCACGUUCAAAGGAUCCACGGGUCGGUGGAUUGUCUCUCCGAGCUCACCACCUCGCGCCUCACCCGUCCGCUCAGCGGAGCGAUGCGUCGUAGUCUCAGCACAUCAACGGCCAUCGCCACUCUGAAGGAGACGAGCAGAAGAAACACAGUUCCAAGGAGUCGCUCCAGUCAGAACCAGCGCUGGAGCUCCAUGGGCAGUGGUGGUUCUGGGACGGCCGGCGUCACCGGAGGCUCCGUGUCCUCGGCCUCCUCCGACGGGCCGGUGCAGCUCCACGUGGGCAUGCAGGUCUUCCUGAGCAGCGCCAACGAGAUGGCCGUCAUCCGCUACCUGGGCAGCGCAGACUUCGCCCCGGGCCUCUGGCUCGGCCUGGAGCUCCGGAGUCCCAAAGGCAAGAACGACGGCUCGGUGGGCGGCCAGCGCUACUUCAGCUGCCGGGCCGGCUACGGCGUGCUGGUGCGGCCCGGCCGCGUCACCUACCGCGGCAUCAACGGCUCACGGCUGCUCAACGACAACUGAGGCUGCCGGGAGGGUCCGUGUACUUCGCGGCCAUCGGUUUUUUGUUUUGAAAUGACAAAAUAAAAAUAGAGAAAUAAUCCAAAAUAAUCUGUUUCCCAUCUUUUGUUUUGAUAAUAAAAAACGGAAAACGGAUCGUUAUCCGUCAUCCGUUAUCUGAUUUCAUUUAAGUGUUUGAAAAUCGAAAUUGGGAAUUAAAACAGCGAGUGGAAAACUCUUUUUCUUUAUGUCCUAUUCGUUUCCAACGGGGGGGGGUGGCAGUAUGUUAGACAGAUGAAGACAGAUUACAGAUUAAACUCAUGUUUCACUCCCAUGUUUCAUAUUUGAUUUAUUUUCUGUUUCAACAUUAAAAAAAUCUAAAACUGUUAAUUUUCAAUCUGAUCAACAAAAGAGCCAGAAACAACUUUCUUAAUUUAUUACUGCGCAUUUGCAAUCCUCCCAUUUGUCCAAUCCUUCUUUUCAGUAUCCUUGGAAACGAAUAGGAAAUAGAGAAAAGAGUUUUCCACUCGCUGUUUUAAUUCCCAAUUUCGAUUUUCAAACACAUCAAUGAAAACGGAUAACGAUCCGUUUUCCGUUUUCCAUUUUUUAUUAUCAAAACAAAAGAUGGGAACCGGAUUAUUUUGGAUUAUUUCUCUAUUUUUAUUUUGUCGGAUGGCCGCGAAGUACACGGACCCCGGGAGCUUAUUGAAGCAUUUUCUUUCCGCUUUGCAUAUUAGUAUCUCUGGCUCUCUGGUUCUCUGUGGCGUUCAGAGGCGUACGUUACAGAAAUAACUGCCUUUUAGUUUUGAAAACAUAUAAAAGCACUUUAUAAAGUAAACUUUAAAUUCUUGACUCUAUUCUGGCAGGAUUAAGGGAACUCUUAAGACAAAAACACUGCACUACUUAUAAUGGGAUUGCACUAACAAAACAUCAAUAAAAUAAGAUCAAAUUGAUGCUAAGGACUUUUAUCCAGCUUUUUUUAUAAGUAUUUUUCUGUCUAAUCAAACGUGUGCAUGCAUUUAUGUGUGUGCUUGCAUGUUAGUUAAGGGCACUUUGGAAAAAGGAGAAAACGACUGAUUGUAAGUCAUUCAUUGAUCUGCAGGUAGAGCAGCAGGUGGACGCUGAGUGGGAAAUUACUGGGUUCAAAAACAAGCUCAGAGCUCAAGAGUCCAAAUCCAGCCAGAGUUAAGCUGUUACUUCCUUUAGGCAUCUGUUUCUGCCACAAGCUAUUAACUUGAUGCAGAUAAAUAAUGUUUAUCUCGGCGAUAACACGUGUCCCCCCAGUUAUCCGCCUGUUACAGCAUUAGAAGAUGCAUCUCGGAGCCGAAUUUAGACAUUAAUGUCACAUGAAAUCAGGCAGCAGGCAUGACUUUAUCUCCUUCAGGACGAGUGCUUCAGGAUUUUUGAGUGCGUCACAAAUUCACCACAACAUAUCCAGAUGUUCUGAUUCUCUGCUUUGAGUCUGGUUCUAUUACUCGUACGUGUGCAAUCUGCAGUUUCCAAACUCUCUUAAAAGUGGCUGGUGGAAAUACAAGUGCUCUUUCAUCCUCCCAGUUCCGGUAUUAUAACAGCUUUUCUUUUUCCUUUUAGUGUAAUAUAUUUGUUGAUGAGCAGCUAAUGGGGCAUAAUUGUAUUUGAUGGCUAAUUAAAGCAGCUUGACACAGGAAAUAUGCAAUCAUCCAGAUGUUUUGAGGGUAGCCUGCAGUCUGAUUAGAGAUGUCUGAAUAACUGCAGAGAACAAGCUAUUGAUUUUACAUGAGGAAAACAUGCGCGCUAUUCACUAAAACACUCAUGUAUCAUCUAAUCGGUGGGCUCACGCGGCGCCGAGGAGGCGUCUCCGCUGAGCUCACCGCUCCGGCUCGCCGGGGACCGUCAGGUGGUCUGUAACCAAUAACAGGGCUGAAAAAAACGUUCUUCCAACCUGAAAACAUGUGCAUCUUUUUUAUUUAUUCAUUUUGACCCUUUUAAAACAGCUUUUCCUGUAGAUGAAAGUCACCUUUGUGUUUAUUUUUGUAACAUUUGUAUUUAACAUGUCCAUCUCAAAAGAACUACCUAGAAUUUGUAUCUGCACUAAUAAUAAAUUGCAGUAUGACUGUAUCGAAAUUUCAUUGAUGACAAAGUUCAGGGAUUUUUUUCAAAAAAAUCCUGAUGGUAUAUUUGAAAUGUGGAUGUUCAACAUUGGAGCAAAUAAAGAAGAGUCUUUGUAAAAUGAAUAAAACAGA